AAAAACAUCAGAUUUAUGUGUAUUUUUCUUAUAAGUGAGUGUCUUGCUUUAUAGUUUGCAUCAUUUGUGGAAAGACAGGAAGGCAGAGUGUCCAGAGUCCCCCCGCAGGCUGAUCUCUUUUCUUCUCGAUGCAGUGCGGCCACAGCAUGCUGAAGGGCCGCUGCUGCUGCGUGCUCUUCCGGGACCUGCAGUUGCUGCUGCUCAGGGACAUGAGCGGACACCGUGACACAGAGGCCCCCAGCACUCAGACCAGGGCUACAGAGGACUCAGUGCUGGACACGGCGGUGGCAGAGCUCUCCAAAGAUAAACGGGAUGAGCGCUUCUCAUUCAUUAGCUACGCUGAAGGCACGCCGGUGUGCAGGAUCUGUUUCCAAGGGCCCGAACAGGGGGAGUUGCUGAGUCCUUGCCGCUGUAGUGGUUCUGUCCGCAGCACUCACCAGCCCUGUCUAAUUAAGUGGAUCAGUGAGCGGGGCUCCUGGACAUGCGAGCUUUGCUACUAUAAGUACCAGGUCAUCGCCAUAAGCACAAAGAAUCCCUUACAGUGGCAGGCCAUCUCGCUGACAGUAAUAGAGAAGGUUCAGAUUGCAGCAGCCAUCUUGGGCUCGCUCUUUCUAAUCGCCAGCAUAUCAUGGCUGGUGUGGUCUUCGCUUAGUCCUUCGGCCAAGUGGCAGCGCCAGGACCUGCUCUUUCAGAUCUGCUAUGGCAUGUACGGCUUCAUGGAUGUGGUGUGUAUCGCUCUGAUUGUCCACGAGGGCCCUUCCGUCUUCCGAAUAUUCAAUCGCUGGCAGGCUGUAAACCAAAAGUGGAAAGUUCUGAACUAUGAUAAAAAGAGGGACAGCGAGGAGCUAAAGGCCAGUGAAGGCGACUGGACUCUCUCACUGCUCCAUCAGCAGGAGCAGGCGGGAGACGGUAUAUCACCGUCAACCUCCUCAUUAAUGGCUCCCGAUACGCCAAACACCACAGCAGCAGGUCUCACUACAGAGGACUCUUCACACGACCACAGUAACGAUACUACAGGGACUGACCAUCACUGUCCUUAUAGCUUUUUUCAUCUCCUAAGUCACCUUAGGCCACAAGAGCUACGCAGCCAGUCAGGAAACACCAGCAACACCAGCAACACCAGCAACCAUCAGCCCAGAGAACUGGUCAUGAGAGUAACCACUGUGUGAGCAAAAUGACAUGCCUUAUCAUUGUGGACUUGGAAUGCCAAAAAGUACAAAGGGUGGACGUUUUAAUGGUCAUGUCUAAAUGGAAGAAAAGCACAAUUUCUGUUUGGUGCGCAGGAUGAAAUCUGGAUUGUGAACAACAAUCCGUAACUGUAAUGACACAAUUUGACAUAAAAAAAAUAUAUAUAUGUGUAUCUGUACCUUUACAAUACAGUGUGUCUCUGAGUCCACCUGUCACACAUUUUCCUUCAUGUUGAAUUCAUUUAUCUGUAUAUGUGACCACAUUCUUUCACCAUCCCAAUCAGAAAGACCAGGUCGGGAAGUAGAUAACAAAAAACUGACACAGCACAUCUGUCAACAUUCUGUAUUAAACAACUGUACAGUCUGAACGUUUACAGUCAAAAACGGUUUAUCUCACAGGGAAACUGUUCUCAAGUGUUUUUGUUUUUUCCCGAAGUCACUGUAAAACUGAAAUUUCAAAAUAAGUGAAGAGAUAGGACUCUUAUAAUAACUGUGCGUUUUUUCCUGAGGAAGGCAUUACUUUCUCAGUCAUAUGGGAUGCCAUGAAGUGCUUAUGUCAGAUGUUUUCCUAUUUCCACAUGGAGUUCUGAGAUUACUUUUGCCUUGUUGC